AGUCCACUGUCUAAGCGAUAAAAUUGAUUGGAACGGCAGAGAAAACUACAACGCACAGAUCUCCUUCCCUAAACUAAAAGCAACGACAGAAGCAGCUUAGACAGACUUACCUCCAGUGUCACUGCAGACGAAGACGGGCACACUAUGGGUGACAGUCGUUGCAACGGGACACACUCCUUGGGGUCAGAGCAGUCGGACCCCGAGUUGUUUGAAGCCCAGUUCCAGGAGCUGGUCACCGAACUGACGGAGAAGGACUUAACAGACGCCGUCCUUGCGGAUGCUCUCAACAGACUAAGAGAGGUGUUGAUAUACAAUGCACCUGGAGGCAAGAGAAACCGAGGUCUUUCUGUAAUUGGUUCCCUGCGAGAGCUAGUCCCUCCCUUUGAACUCACUCAUGACACAGUGCAAAGGGCCCUCCUGGUUGGGUGGUGCAUUGAGCUGCUUCAAGCUUUCUUCCUGGUAGCUGAUGACAUCAUGGAUGCCUCUGUGACUCGUAGAGGACAGCCCUGCUGGUACAAGAGGGAUGGAGUUGGUCUAGACGCCAUCAACGACUCUUACCUGCUGGAGGGGGCGAUUUACAGGCUGCUGCGUAGACACUGCAGAGGACAGCACUACUACCUACACCUGCUGGAGCUCUUCAUGGAGACAUCCUUUCAGACAGAGCUGGGUCAAGCUCUGGACCUCAUGACGGCUCCUCCUGGCCAGAUCGACCUCAACAGAUUCUCGAUGGAAAGAUACAAAGCGAUAGUCAAGUACAAGACUGCCUUCUACUCCUUUUAUCUCCCUGUGGCGGCUGCUAUGUAUAUGGCGGGGAUUCAGAGCGAGGAGGAACACAACAAUGCCAAGCACAUUUUACUGGAGAUGGGAGAGUUCUUCCAGAUACAGGACGACUACCUGGAUUGCUACGGCGACCCUGCAGUGACGGGGAAGAUUGGUACAGACAUCCAGGACAACAAGUGCAGCUGGCUGGUUGUCACGGCGCUGGGGGUCAUGACCUCAGAGCAGAGGGCCGAGCUGGAGUCGUGUUACGGUCGCCAUGACGACGCCAGCGUGGAGAAGGUCAAGGCGUUGUACGACACCCUUCAGAUGCCAGCACUCUACCGACAGCACGAGGAGGACAGUUACCAGCGGUUACAGAAACUGAUUGCGCUUCAUGCCCAAAACCUUCCCCAUGCCGUCUUCCUGAACUUCGCCAAGAAGAUCUACAAAAGGAACAAGUAAAGUGUCCUGUUAGCGCUGCACCCUAUCAGGACUGGACAGGGAGGCUGACAUUUAUCUGGGGCCAUUUAGGUCCCUAUUUCCUUCUCCUUGACUCCACAGAUAUUUCAUGUAAGAGAGACUUAUGUACCGUAGGGCUAGGUAGCAUCCUAAUCGUAGGUGUUGAAGGCGAGGGGAAGGAGGUAGAGAUAUAAAUGAAACUAGUCCUUUAAAUGCUUAUGAAGCCUGAGCUCUGCUUCAGAGAGGAGCUGUCCACUCUGGAAUCCUAUGGAUUGUACACAUUCUGCCAGAUCAGAGGAAUAGCCUAAUCUUUGUUUGGUUGAUGGAUGCGAUGAUGCCUGUUCCUGUUCACUAGUAUGUUGCCGUACCAACACUGCAUGUUGCCGUACCGACACUGCUGAAAAGAUCUGACACAGGAGCACAGGGUCAGUGUCUGGAUUCUGCGCUGUGGGACAAAACCAUGUUCUGUUUUCAAUUUUUAUUUACCCAUGUCUGUCAUGUUGUUGAUAUUAUUAGAAAACAUAUUUUCUGUCGUUUUAAGUCUUUCACCAACUCUGAGGUGUUCUAAGAAUUACGAUGAUAAUUUUAAAGUGACGCCUGAAAUCUACAUACAGUGAGUUGGGGUUAUUUAAAAAUUCAAGGACUUUUUCUGUCUCAUCCGUACGCACACACACUUUUUAACUUCUCUGUUAGUAUAAUUUAAAUAUGCAUAUCUACCUGUUGAGACUGGCAUGUCAUUGCUUUAAUAAAGAAAUGAUCCCAAGA